AUGAUCCAAGCAAGCUCUAAACUUUUUUGGCUCAAUAUGCAAAUCUUCUUCCUAAUUAGCCUGUCUUUCCAAGAAACCUUACAAUUUUCAGGCACGGAACGGUCCAUAUUACUAAGCUUGAAACAACACUGGAGGGAUUCAGAGUUUUUCCAGUCAUGGAAUUUGAAUUCUUCAGAAUGCAAUUGGUUAGGAGUUUCAUGCAUCAAUGGCAUGGUAGUGACACAAUUAAAUCUUGGAGAAAAGAACAUUACUGGAACAAUUCCAUCAACAGUAAUAUGUCAGCUCAACAACCUUACCUUCAUUGAUCUCUCCAACAACAACAUAUCAGGAACUAUACCACUAAGCCUGAAAGAUUGCUCAAUGUUACAACAUUUGGACUUGUUCAAUAAUUCUUUGAGCGGCCGGAUUCCAGGUGAGUUGUUUGGGAUGAAAACACUAGUCAAUUUGUAUCUUAAUGGUAACAUGUUGUCUGGUGAAAUGCCAAAGCAAAUAUCAGCAUCCCAACUGAAAAAUCUUGAUCUUUCUGACAACCACUUGAACGGUUCGAUUCCAGAAGAUGUUGGGAACUUGAAAAAUCUUGUGAAAUUGGAUCUGUCACAUAAUUCUCUAAGUGGUUCUAUUACAAGCAAGUUGUUUCAAUUGAACCAAUUGAGUCACUUGUCGCUAAGUUACAACUACUUAUCUGGUGUAUUACCUAAUGCAAUGAACUUGUUUAGUUUGUAUGAUAUGGAUCUUUCUCAUAACCAAUUGACUGGUUCUAUUCCAAAGGGACUUGCAAGUUCAACUGGACUGGAUGCUUUGGAUUUGUCGUAUAAUCAGUUAUCAGGAAACAUUUCAGAAAGUAUAAAACAUCUUAGGCCUAGAAUUAGUUUAAGGCUAUGUUCCAACAAAUUCUCAGGAAGAAUUUCUUCUGAAUUUGUUAAGCUAACAUAUGAAGAGAAUUGCUUUGAUGAGUCCAAUCUUUCUUCUACAUCCAAUAGCUUAUCUAUCCCUGGGCUACCAAGCUUUCUCUCUGGUGAUGAGGUUCGAAAACUUUCGAGAUCACAACACUUGAUUAUUCCUAUUGUAGGAGUUGGGGUAGCUAUACUGUUAUUAUGGAUCUUUCACAGAACCAGAAAGCAUUGGUGGAAAACAAAGAUGCAGAAUGUCAAAGAUAACAUAAAGUUCAUUUCAUUUCAAAAGUUGAACGUGACUACAGAAGACAUAUUAUCUAGCUUGAAAGACGAAAACAUAAUAGGAAAUGGGGGAUCAGGGAAGGUCUAUCGAGCUGUGAUAGACCAAACAGGCAAUACUUAUGCUGUUAAAAGCAUAGGGCAUGGAGAAAAAUCAGGUGGAAGACCCCAAAAGGAGUUCCUGGCAGAAGUUAGAACACUUGGUAGCAUUCGACACAACAACAUUGUCAAGCUCAUCUGUUGCAUCUCAAGUUUAGACAGAAAGCUUCUAGUCUAUGAAUACUUUGAGAAACAAAGCCUCGACAAGUGGCUUCACAGAAAGAAAAGAGCAGCGUCACCCGGUCAAAGUAGUACCCUGGCCCUGGAUUGGCAAAAGAGAUUAAAAAUAGCCACUGGUGCAGCUCAAGGACUCAGCUAUAUGCACCACGACUGUACUCGACCCAUCAUUCAUAGAGACAUUAAGUCCAGCAAUAUACUUCUGGACUCAGAAUUCAAUGCAAAAAUAGCAGAUUUUGGACUAGCAAAAAUACUAUCCAGGAGGGAUGAUGAUCCUGAGACAGCUUCUGCUAUUGCUGGAACAUUUGGUUACAUUGCACCAGAAUAUGCCUCGACAUUCAGAGUGAAUAUAAAGACAGACAUAUAUAGCUUCGGAGUGGUUCUAUUAGAAUUAACAACAGGGAGACAACCCAUUCUCGGAGAAGAGCAAAUGAAUCUAGCACAAUGGGCUCAACAGGGUUACAGAGAUGGGAAUUACAUUGUUGAGGCCCUUGAUGAAGAAAUCAUGGAAACAAGUAAUGUAGAACAAAUGAGAGGUGUUUUUAAACUAGGACUGAUGUGUACUGGAGCAACACCAUACGGUAGGCCGUCAAUGAAGGAGGUCUGCAACAUUCUUCAAAGCUUCAGAGACACCAUAUUUUGA